AUGAACCCGGAGAAGGAUUUCUCGCCCCUGGCGCCCAGCGUGGUGCGGGCCCUGAACGACAAACUCUACGAGAAGCGGAAGGUGGCGGCGCUGGAGAUCGAGAAGUUGGUGCGAGAAUUCGUGGCUCAGAACAACGCAGCGCAGAUCAAGCACGUCAUCCAGAUCCUGUCACAAGAGUUUGCGCUCUCGCAGCACCCUCACAGCAGGAAAGGGGGGCUCAUCGGCCUAGCAGCCUGCUCCAUUGCUCUCGGAAAGGAUUCUGGGCUGUACCUGAAGGAGCUGAUUGAGCCAGUGCUGACGUGCUUCAACGAUGCUGACAGCCGACUACGGUACUAUGCCUGUGAGGCCCUAUAUAACAUCGUCAAGGUGGCCAGGGGCUCCGUCCUCCCACACUUUAAUGUGCUGUUUGAUGGCCUGAGUAAGCUUGCCGCUGAUCCAGACCCAAAUGUGAAAAGCGGCUCUGAACUACUGGACCGACUUCUCAAGGACAUCGUGACUGAGAGUAACAAGUUUGACCUCGUGGGUUUCAUCCCGCUGCUGCGGGAGAGGAUUUAUUCCAACAACCAGUAUGCCCGGCAGUUCAUCAUCUCCUGGAUCCUGGUGCUAGAGUCAGUGCCUGACAUUAAUCUCUUGGAUUACCUGCCGGAGAUCCUGGAUGGACUCUUCCAGAUCCUGGGAGACAACAGCAAAGAGAUCCGGAAGAUGUGUGAGGUGGCCCUCGGGGAGUUCCUUAAAGAGAUCAAGAAGAAUCCUUCCAGUGUCAAGUUUGCAGAAAUGGCCAAUAUUCUAGUGAUUCACUGCCAGGCUUCUGAUGAUCUGAUUCAGCUGACAGCCAUGUGCUGGAUGAGGGAAUUCAUCCAACUGGCUGGCCGGGUGAUGCUGCCCUACUCCUCAGGGAUCCUGACCGCCGUUCUGCCGUGCCUAUCCUACGAUGACCGGAAGAAGAGCAUCAAAGAGGUAGCUAAUGUGUGUAACCAGAGCCUGAUGAAGCUGGUCAUCCCAGAAGACGACGAAACGGAUGAGGGCAAGCAAUCCCUGAGCCUCCAGACGGAGCCCAAGGAGGAGUCCCUCUCCCAGCAGGAGGUGACCUCCAGCGGUUGCCUGGAGGCCUCCAGCGAUUCCAACCUCAGCAGCGCCAGUGUCUUCAAUGUAAGCAGCACUGACCGGGUCCCGGUGACCCUUAACCUCGAUGGGAUAGUGCAGGUGUUGGACUGCCACCUUCACGACUCAGCCACCGGGAUGAUGACCAGAAUCGCAGUCCUGAAAUGGCUCUAUCACUUGUACAUCAAGACGCCGCGGAAGAUGUUCCGGCAUACAGACAGCCUCUUUCCCAUUUUGCUACGGACAUUGUCGGAUGAGUCAGACGAGGUUAUCCUGAAGGACCUAGAAGUUUUGGCUGAGAUCGCCUCCUCUCCUGCAGGUCAAACAGAAGACCAGGGGCCAUGUGAUGGCUCUGAUAUGCGAUCCGGCCAAUCGGAGUUGCACAUUCCCGUCAAAGCCAGCCAGCUGAGGUCCUCUGGUAUGAAAGGCAUGGAGUGCUCCCCCUCCACCCCCACCAUGAACUCCUACUUCUACAAAUUCAUGAUCAACCUCCUCAAGAGAUUCAGCAGUGAGCGGAAGCUGUUGGAGACCAGAGGAGCAUUCAUCAUCAGGCAGCUUUGUCUGCUUCUCAAUGCUGAAAACAUCUUCCACUCCAUGGCAGACAUCCUGCUGCGGGAAGAGGACCUCAAGUUUGCCUCGACUAUGGUCCACACUCUCAACACAAUACUGCUCACUUCCUCCGAGCUCUUCCAACUGCGAAACCAGCUCAAGGACCUGAAGACCCCGGAGAGUCGUAACCUGUUCUGCUGUCUCUACCGCUCCUGGUGCCACAACCCUGUGACGACUGUGUCCCUCUGCUUCCUCACCCAGAACUACAAACAUGCUUACGACCUCAUCCAGAAGUUCGGGGACCUGGAGGUCACAGUGGAUUUCCUCACUGAGGUAGACAAGCUGGUGCAGCUCAUUGAGUGUCCAAUUUUCACGUAUCUGCGCCUGCAGCUGCUGGACGUGAAGAAUAACCCCUACCUGAUCAAGGCUCUCUACGGGCUGCUGAUGCUUCUGCCUCAGAGCAGUGCCUUCCAGCUCCUCUCCCACCGGCUGCAGUGCGUCCCCAACCCCGAGCUCCUGCAGACCACAGACAGCACUAAGACCACCCUGGGCUUCAAGAAAGCGGCCGCCACCAACAUCGACUACCUGGAGCUGCUGCAGCACUUUGAGCGAGUCCAGAACAAGCACCUGGAAGUGAGACACCAGCGGGCUGGCCGGGGAGAGCCCCCAGACCGAAGGGUCGUCCUCUGAGCACCAGCUGCUGCUGGCGUGCAUGGAGACAGUGACCUGGGGAGGGGAGUCGGAGGGACUUGGCUGCUGCCGUGGGUUCCAGGGUGUGUGAUCCAGCAGGGGGCUUGUUCCAGGGGAGAGGCGGUGGAGGUGGUCACAGCGCUCAGCUGGGGAAGGAUCUCCAGAGACCAUGCCGGAGCCCAACACCCCAGCCGCACAAAAUUCCAGAGCAUCACAAGCAAGCAUGUGGGGAAGCGGCAGGAGGGGACUAGAUGGACCAAUGAAGCCACACGCCCGCCCCCACCCCCACCCCUGGACUCUGCCUUACAAAUCCUUCCCUGGCAACAGUCAGCUGAUGGCACAGCCGGGCCAGUAAGGCCAGAGGGAAGACGUGUAAAAGCAUUUUCUGCUACCUCCAGCCUCAAACAAGCGUGUAUGUCUGUGGGCGUGUGACUGGACUGGCCUUGCCUCCCCCUCCCCCAUCACUCCCCCAAGGCAGGCAGUCAUGUGCUGCAGUCCCGAAAGGAAAGCCAGCCCCUUGGAUCUCAGACGUGCACUGCCCUGACCUCCCCGUGGCAACAGCACCAUCUAAUCCUCCAGUGCUCUUGGCCCUGUGGACUUGCAUUCCUGUGCGUGCAUCACCCAGCCGCCUCUUGUCACCCCCCUCGGACCCACCUCCCCAUUGUACGUAUGGCAGUGCAGCCUUAAGUUAUGGCCCCGCUGAAAGCAUCAUGGAUGUGUAUAUAGAGGAAUGGUUCAGUCCGAGUCAGAUUUCUAGCCUGAAAAUAGAUUUGUACCAAUGUAAAAGCUCCCCACGUUGAAAUAAAAGAA